UCUAUCGAGCAGCAUGGCGGUGGAUAUGAGAUUACCCGCUGUCCGCAAACAAGUACCUUCGUUUUCUGAGGCACAAGAAAAACACCUCGUUGUUCCAGGAGAUGUCAUCACCACUGAUGUCGGCUUCAUGCGGGGUCAUGGGACCUACAUGGAUGAGGAGAAGCUGACCGCCUCUGUGGCUGGAGAGGUGGAGAGGGUCAACAAGCUCAUCUGUGUGCAGCCCUUGAAGACCAGGUUCAAUGGUGAGGUGGGAGACGUGGUUGUUGGACGGAUCACAGAGGUGCAGCUGAAGCGCUGGAAGGUGGAGACCAAUUCCCGCUUGGACUCGGUGCUGCUGCUGUCCUCGGUGAACCUGCCCGGAGGAGAACUGAGGAGAAGGUCAGUAGAAGACGAGCUGACCAUGAGAGACUAUCUCCAGGAAGGGGACCUCAUCAGCGCUGAGGUUCAGUCUGUGUUUUCAGAUGGAGCUCUGUCUCUCCACACCCGCAGUCUGAAGUAUGGAAAGCUGGGGCAGGGAGUCCUUGUGCAGGUGUCUCCUUCCUUGGUGAAGAGACAGAAAACGCACUUCCACAACCUGAUGUGUGGUGCUUCAAUUAUCCUGGGCAACAACGGCUACAUAUGGCUGUACCCCACCCCUGGCCAGCAGGAUGAGGAGGCAGGGGGAUAUUACACCAGCUUGGAGCCUAUUUCUCUGGCUGACCGUGAAGUGAUCUCCAGGCUGAGGAAUUGCAUCCUUGCUCUGGCUGCCCACAAGGUGUUGCUGUAUGACACAAGCGUGCUGUACUGCUAUGAGUCCUCCAAGCCGCACAAGAUCAAGAAUAUUCUUAAACCUGAAGUGAUGGAAGAAAUUGUGAUGGAAACGCGGCAACGGCUUUUGGAACAAGUAGGGUAGAGAGGACUGUGAGAACAUAGUGUUGAACCCUUACCAGAGCCUGCUGACUGUAGUGAGUCUGACUUGCUCAUUAAUGACUCUGGACAUUCAGGCCGUUGCUUUCUGGAAGCAAUCCCAGCCGAGGGUUUCAUUGCAGACUCACACUGCUCCCCAGAUUUUCCACUUCUUACCCUGCUUGUCUUUGCAAGGUGAACAGCUCUUUGUGGUUAGUUGCCGGGAGGAAAUCCUCUUGCUAUUGACCUAAACCAGAUUAAGUACACACUGUGGAGCGCAAACUGACUCUUUUGAGCCAACAUGAGUAAUAUUUCACCGUUACGCAUUUUAAAGUAAGGAUUAAAGGAACAACUGUUUUGUUUUGACUAACUUUUGUUAUAAACAAUUAAACUUUAAAAACUGUCUAGGCAGUCUACAUUUAUUCUCAAAUGUGAUUGUGAAAUGUUUGUAGUCAGUUUAUAAAAGCUGGUUUCUGACUGAAGGGGAAGUCAGUGGGGGAAAUCUCAUGUUUGCACACCUCUUGCCCCAGGUUUGGGUUUAAGAAAAAAGAGGAUGUUAUAGUACCUGUUUGCACAGUUACAUCCAAAACGGCCUUCACAGCAGUUGGACACCUGUCAAAAGCCACAUUGCAACAAAAUGCACACAAGUGUGGUAGUUAAUUAUA